AUGUUCUCCCUUUUGCUGGAUUCUGGCGGCGCCCAAUCGACCACGCUUGACGACGUUGCUGUCUCUGGCUCUUGGGAUGCUAUUGCCAUGGUUGAAGCCGUAUCAUUUUCGCUUGAGGCAGGAGUCUGGUCUGUAGGGGCCGGUAGAUUAGCGAACGUGGUGGGUGGGUUGGAGAACCUGGUCAUUGUUUCGUCUACCGGCAUGGCCUUGUUUGAUGUAGUCGGGCUGACAAUGGCUACCAAGCUGGUGCCACUGCCUGCUGAGUCUAGACUCCCAUCGCUUGUACUGAUUGGACUGAAGACAGCGACGCCACUGGCCGUACUCCGCUCUGUCGUCUGUGGUGAAGCCGCACCGUCAGUCCUGGCUAUGGUUGAUGUUAUUGUUAACCCUGGCUUGCUGCUAGCCGGUAUAUGGGAUGAGCGAAGUAUCGUCACGACAGGAUCUUUUGUGGCGCUGAGCUCGGCAGAGGCCGCUACUGCUUCUGAGCUAUCGUCGGUGGCAUUCCGAGUUGACUCCGAUCCGCUUGUGCUUUGUGGGUUUGAUAAUGGAAGGUUUGCGCUGGUAGACGGCAUCACAAGUGACGUGCUUGCCCUGUCUGGAGCUAUAGUGAUGCCUUCACUGGACCCAAGCUUAGAUACCUGGUCAGCCACAUUGUGGGAGGACGGUGUGCCUCUGUCUGCCAUAACAGACGGCCCUAAUGAAUUUGUUGUAUUAGUCUCUUGCUCUAUUGCCAUGUUCGAGCUCUGGGUCUCCGCCGGCGCUGUGGAAUGUAGAUAUUGA